AUGGUUUUCUUAUGGUUCUUGUUGCUCAAUACAUUAUGUUCCAUCUCAAUAAGGAAUGGUGAAAUGAUAGAUUCUCUCCCGGGGCAGCCCUCGGAUGUGAACUUCAUUCAGUACUCUGGGUAUAUUGUUACAGAUAAACUUCAUGGUAGAGCUCUAUUCUACUAUUUUGCUGAAGCCCAAUCAGAAAAUAGAUUCUCAAAGCCGCUUACACUUUGGCUAGGGGGAGGCCACGAAUGUUCCAUUGCUACUAUGGGGAUGUUCUACGAACAUGGUCCAUUUAGGCCGACAAAAGAUGGGAAGCUAGUAAAGAACCAGUUUUCUUGGAAUUUAGAGUCGAACAUGUUAUACGUGGAAACUCCUGUUGGAGUUGAAUUUUCAUACUCGAAUACAACCACAGAUUAUUACAACGUAUGGAGUGAUACCUUGACAGCCCAUCAAAAUAUGGAGUUUCUUCGAAAGUGGUUUAUUGAAUACCCUGAAUACAGAAAUCUAGAUUUUUACAUUGCUGGAGAUAGUUAUGGAGGUCACUUGGCACCACAACUUGCUGCAUUAAUACUUGAAUACAACAGAAAACCAGAACAUAUCAGACCAAUAAAGCUCAAAGGAAUUGUUCUUGGGAACCCAUUUCUAGAAAAGAUGAGUUUAUCUAAUGUUGAGCAUCUGUGGUACCACGGAAUCAUUUCUACAGAACUGUACCGUCUGCAGAAGAGAGUGUGUAAUGCAACAAGAAUGGUUAUCGAAUUCUUAAGUGGAGAAAUGUCUGAAUAUUGCUCUGACAUAGAUGUUAUGAUUUCGGAGGAAAUUGGGGUUGAUAUGGAUCAGGAUCAUAACGAAAAUUUACUGUUUCAAUCAUGCGAAUCCUCCUCAAUUUCAUCAUCUCAACAACAUCAUCUUGCUACUGAAACAGCCAAGGCUGAUCCAUGCCUUCGUGAUUGGGUAUAUGACUAUGUAAGCAGGCCAGAAGUUCAGAAAGCUUUACAUGCCAAUACAACUGGCUUGCCAAAUCAUUGGAAUUCUAUUUUUCAUGGGAAUAGGAAAACUAUUAUGCACAACCUUGCUAUUGACAUAUUGCCAACAUUGUCAGCACUUCUAAAGAGUGAUAUCCCAGUUCUCAUUUACAGUGGAGAUCAAGAUUUAAGGAUUCCUGUCACACACACUAGAGAACUUGCAAACGUGCUUGCUAGACGCUUGAAGCUCACCACUUUGGAGAUGAAUGGACCUUGGUAUGAUGGCAACCAGAUUGGAGGAUGGAGUCAAACAUUCGGAAAAUUGGGUGGAUGUAAAAAGGUGGGAAAUUUGACAUUUGCAACAGUAAGGGGUGGAGCUCAUUUUGUGCCAUCUUCAUCUCCCUCGCAAGCUCUCACACUUUUUAAGGCAUUUCUCAAGAGAUCUCCACCACCCAGAACUAAAUCAGACCACUAG